AUGGUGAGAGUAGAAGACCAAACACUAAAUCCUAAUAUUAUUACAGACCAGUCGGCAGGAGAAGCAGGGAUAAUUGCUGGAGACAUUGCAGGAGAAACUGAUGAAUUGAUAAAUAAGUCAAAAGAUGCUAGCUAUAAUUCGAUAAAUGGAGCCUCAAAUUCGGACGAAAAUUAUGAUGAAAGUGAAUAUGCAUUGCCUAAAGCACAGUUGUAUACUAUUGUAUCUGGGUUGUUUAUGGCAUCGUUUUUGGCAGCAUUGGACACAACUGUGGUUACAACCUUAUUGACAGUGAUCGCUUCGGAUUUAAAUGCGGUGUCCAAUAUUUCAUGGAUUGCCACGGCAUACCUAUUAUCAUGUUCUGCAUUCCAACCUCUAUUUGGAAAAUUGUCUGAUAUAUUUGGUAGAAAAAUUUUAUUGGUACUUUGUAGCAUUUUUUUUCUGAUCGGAUGUAUGGUUUGCGUUACGGAUUCGUUAAUGUGGCUAGUUGCAGGAAGAUUUAUUACUGGGAUUGGUGGUUCUGGAUUAACCACUUUAGGGACUAUAACGAUGUCGGAUUUGAUUCCAUUGAGAGAUAGGGGCUUAUACCAAGGCUUGGCUAAUGUUUUUUUCAGUCUUGGGGCUGCAUCGGGAGGAAUAUUAGGUGGUAUUGUUGCGGAUACAUUGGGUUGGAAAUAUGUAUUUAUUUUACAAGUUCCCUUAGGUGCAUUAGUAGGAAUUGUCAUCUGGUGGAACUUGAAUUUGCCGAAGGGCUCUCCUGGAUUAGGGACGCCUGGAGUAGACAUUAAAUCUAAGUUAAAGCGUAUUGAUUUUUUGGGUUCUUUCUUUUUGAUUACAUCGCUUAUGGGCAUUAUGAUUGCCGCUUCGUUAGGUGGUAGGGAGAUUGCUUACAAUUCUUAUACGUUCAUUGGUUUGGUAAUUGUAUCGUUUCUUUUAUUAGGAUCUUUCCUUUAUACUGAGGCUUAUAUUUCUGCGGAACCUAUAUUGCCAAUUGAAUUGAUAACUGAAAGAACAAUUUUAUCAUCAUCUUUAACAAAUUGGUUCUACACUAUGGCUAUUUUUCUGAAUUUGUAUUAUUUGCCAGUAUAUUUCACCUCCGUCAUGGGGUUUUCUGCUACCCAAAAUGGUUUACGGUUGAUCCCUAAUUUCUUCGGAGUUUCCAUAGGCUCAAUUAGUGCUGGUAUAUAUAUGAAACGUACAGGCCGUUAUUAUAAAUUAGCUAUAUUAAUGGGCAUUCUUUCCAUUCUUGGUUUUGCUAAUAUUAUCUUCAUUAACCCAAAUGUUUCCGAAUUCCGUCAAUUUACCUUUUUGUUACCAUCUGGGUUUGGUUAUGCGGCCAUGCUAACCGUUACGCUUUUGUCGUUGAUUGCAGCUGUUCCAACAGAAUUCCAAGCAUGUACGACCUCAAUUCAAUAUACUUUCAGAUCUACAGGUUCAACUUUAGGUGUUUCAAUGGCAUCAGCUAUUUUCCAGAAUAUUUUAAAAGGCCAAUUAACUACUAAGGUUCACGAUAUAGUUCCUAAUAUCCAUAAAGCUGACAAAAUCAUUGCCAAAGCAUUGGAAAGUACCAACUAUAUUAAAGAAGCUCCAAAGAUUGUGCAAGGCGCGCUUAAAGAAUCAUAUGGGUUGGCUUGUAAGGGAGCGUUUGGCUUUAGUUUAGUUACAAUAGUUUUAGGUGUCGCUUGCUCCUUGUUCAUGAGAGAACAUGUUUUACAUACAAGCAUAAAUAGGGGAUGA